AUGGAGUUGCUAUGGAAACUUCUCCUGCUGCUGUCAUUGGUGGAGAGUGUGGCAGGAACUGGAGUGCUUCUGAGACCAGUGUUCACAAAGCAGCCUGGCAGUGUGGUGUUCCCUCUGAAGCCUGGAGAGGACCAAAGAGAGGUGGUCUUCAGCUGUGAGGCCCAGGGUCACCCACCUCCCAUUUACAGGUGGAAACUCAAUGACUCCUUCAUCCUGCCCCGGCCCGGCUCCAGGUACACUCUGAUGGGAGGGAACUUACACAUCACUCACCUGAAUAAAGAUGAGGACGUGGGCAUCUACCAGUGUCUGGCAUCCAACUCCUUUGGCACCAUCGUGAGCAGAGAGGCGAGCCUGCACAUCGCAUACUUGGAGAACUUCAAGACACAGAGGAGGAAUCCGGUGAGGGUCCGCGAGGGUCAGGGAGUGGUCCUGCUGUGUGGCCCACCCCCCCACUCUGGAGAGCUUACCUUCACUUGGAUCUUCAACCACUACCCCUCCUUCGUUACCCAGGAUACACGACGCUUCGUGUCCCAGAAGACGGGGAACCUGUACAUCGCCAAAGUGGAGCCGUCUGACGUGGGCAACUACACCUGUGUGGUUACCAACACCGUCACCAAGACCAGUGUCCAAGGCCCACCCACUCCGCUCAUACUCAGGGUGGAUGGUGCAAUGGGCGAGUAUGAGCCAAAGAUAGAGGUGCAGUUUCCUGAGGUGGUCCCUGUUGCCAAGAGCUCCACCGUCAAACUGGAGUGUUUUGCUCUGGGGAACCCUGUACCAACCAUCAGCUGGAGGAGAGUGGACGGGGCGACUUUUGGACGUAAAGUGGAUGUAAACAAAGCCAGUGGUGUGUUGGAGAUCCCGUACUUUCAACAGGAAGACGCUGGAGCUUAUGAAUGUACAGCAGAGAACAGCAGAGGCAGGAACUCUGUACAAGGCAAACUCUCUUUCUAUGCUCCGCCUCAUCUGACCGAGAAGCCCCAGGAUGUGCAGAUGACCAUAGAUGAGAAUCUGGUGUGGGAAUGUAAAGCCAGUGCCAAGCCCAAACCCUCGUACAGGUGGUUAAAGAAUGGAGAAGCUCUGGAUCCCAUGGAGCAGGACAGGCUUCAGGUGAGCGCUGGAGUGCUGACCAUUAGCAGUCUGAAUCUGGCUGACAUCGGCAUGUACCAGUGCGUGGCCGAGAACAAGCACGGACGUGUGUUCACCAACGCAGAGCUCCGAGUCAUCGCCAUCGCUCCAGACUUCUCUCAGAACCUGCUCAAGGCCCAGACUCUGGCCCGACUGGGCGGCGACAUCUUGAUCGAGUGCAAGCCUCGGAUGUCUCCUCGGGGCGUCAUUUCAUGGAGGAAGGGCAAAGAGGCGCUGCGAGAAAGCCACAGGGUCACUGUGUUGGAGACUGGGAGCCUGCGAAUCGCCAAUGUCACCAAGAUGGACGCUGGGCUGUACACGUGUGUGGCCAGGAACCAGUUUGGGGUGGCAAGCAGUGCUGGGAGUCUAUUGGUGAAAGAGCCGACCAGUAUCACAAGCCCGGCGGGUCAUCUGGAUGUGACCGUGGGAGAGAGUAUAGUCCUGCCCUGUCAGGUUUCCCAUGAUCCAACACUGGAGCUCAAGUUCACCUGGUUCUUCAAUGAACAGCUCAUCCACUUUGGCAGUCACGGGGCCUAUUUUGAAAAAGUUGGUGGGCGCUCCGCCGGUGACAUUAUGAUCAGGAACAUCCAGCUGAGGCAUGCUGGGAAAUACACGUGCGCCGUUCAAACCAAAGUGGACAGUGUUUCCAUUGCUACUGAUGUGGUCGUCAGAGGUCCCCCUGGUCCCCCUGUGGAUUGUCAGGUGACUGAGGUGACUGAGACCACUGCGUCUGUGUCCUGGGGACCUGGUCUGGACAACCACAGCCCCAUCCUGAGCUACGCCAUCCAAGCCCGCUCCCCCUUCUCCCUGGGCUGGCAGGCCGUCACCACUGUACCCGAGCGGCUGGGGGGGAAGCAGCUGUCAGCCGCAGUGACGGACUUGAAUCCCUGGGUAGAGUACGAGUUCAGAGUCCUGGCUACAAACAGCAUCGGCACUGGAGAGCCCAGCAGAGCCUCCAAACGCGCACGCACCAAAGAAGCGCUGCCCAGAGUGACCCCUGCCCGUGUGAGCGGAGGUGGAGGAGGCCGCUCCGAGCUGGUCAUUACCUGGGAGCCUGUUCCAGAGGAGAUGCAGAGCGGGCCCGGCUUUGGAUAUGUGGUGGCGUUCCGUCCUCUGGGAGCUCCGGGGUGGAUGCAGGCAGCGGUCACCUCUCCCGAUGCCUCUAGAUAUGUAUUCAAAAACGAGAGCAUCCCGCCUUUCUCACCCUAUCAGGUCAAGGUGGGCGUGUACAACAACAAGGGGGAGGGGCCGUUCAGUCCUGUCACCACCAUCUAUUCUGCAGAGGAAGAGCCCGGCCGAGCCCCCGGGAGGCUGAGAGCACGCAGCUUAUCCGCGUCUGAGGUGGAGGUCACCUGGAAGCCCCUGGCCUGGAGCAACAACCGCAGACGCAUCCUGGGAUACGAGUUGCGUUACUGGGGUGAAAGGGAGAAGCAGGACACAGCCCGGGUCAUGAGGACGGUGGGAAACAGGACGUCCAUUUUGGUUCGAGACCUGGAAGGCAGCAGCACCUACAGUCUGUGCCUCAGGGCGUAUAACAGCGCCGGAGUGGGACCACCCAGCAACAUCGUCAAUGUCACCACCAAGAAACCACCUCCCAGCCAGGCCAUCUCCAAAAUCAUGUGGAACACCUCCAACUCCAAGGUCAUCCUCAAGUGGGACCAAGUUCAUGCACUGGAGAAUGAGUCGGAAGUUACAGGAUACAAGGUCAUGUACAGUCAGGACAAGCACAGUAGUCCCAGUGUUGUGGAGACCAACAGCACGUCUUUGGAGCUGUCUCUGCCAGUGAACCAGGACUAUGUGAUCCAGAUUAAACCCUUUAGUGAAGGAGGAGAAGGCAGCAGCAGCCGGCAGAUCACCAUACCCAAGAUAGCAGGCUCAGUUGCCAUGGGCACAGCUCCUCAGUCCUUGGUGUGUCCUUUGCUCAAUGUGGCUCUGCUCCUCACAGUCCAGAGCAUCUUAUGACAAACCUGAUCCAGGGACCACUCGGCCGCUGAUGAAGAGGAGGCUUCACCUGUCCCCUCCUCCUCCUCUUCCUCUCCUCUCUGUAAAGACGUGAUGUCCCUUUCUGAAGGAGUCACCAAAAGGGAACAGCUCUUUCACAAGUACAAGCUUUUAUGAAUCUGAAUGGACCCAGUCACUCCAGGAUGGCCUCUUUGAACACUCGCUUUUGGAUAUUUGUACCUCGGAGGCACGCAGAUGUGUGCUGCACAAUUGGUUCUGUAUAUGUUUGAAUCUGUCAAAGGAAAAGUGCCAGUCGCAUCAAAGGAAAUGUAUGUUCUUUUUGACUUUUUAUACAAAGAAUCUCCAAGAGACGAAGAGAGGGUCCAACACUUAGCUCAUUCAAAGUUGAGUCAGACUUCAAUGGGGAAAAAGUUGUUUGUAAUUUCAAUGGAAAUCUUUCUUUCUGAGCCCCGACAGAGCUACGCCUUUCGCUUUAAGACCAACUGGACUUUUGAGAUUUCUAUCUUUGCCUGGAUUUGAUCACGCUUUUACCAUGUGACAUUGAAAACCUCAGCGUUGCCAUGAACUUGACUGGUUACCAAAGGUGUUAUACCUGUUGUAUCAUUGUGAGCAAAUGCAAUGUGUAGACCCCAAAAUGGCUUCCAUCGUAAAACAGCUCAUUUGUUUUGAUCACUCAGUGUCUUGCCUUGUUUUUCUCCUCCUCCCAUUGACGUCCAUGACAGAGAUCAGUAGGCGUACACUGUAUGUAUGAAUCCUCAGGUCCCAAUCAGCCUUAAGUCUUAAAAUUCUGGUCCAUUUAGGUUUUCUCCUGUCAUCAUUGGCUUAUAUUUUCAUUUAUAAAAUUUUUUUAUUUUUUUCACACUUUUGAUCAUUUCAGCUCAAAUAAACAUGCCUUCCCCUCUGUUUGUCAUUGUAAGCAUUGUAAAACAGUGGCAGUGACUUUUCUAA